CUGAAUUUGUGUUUUGUGUGUCUAUGGGCGGAUCGUGGCAGGUCUCUCUUCCGCACUCUCUGGUCAGUGGUCAUCAUCAUGAUCUCUAAUAAUAACUCGAGCAGUAGUAAUGUGGUCGCGGCGCAGAAAAUCGUCAAACAGCUCAGACUCGAGGCCAAAAUACGACGAAUUCACGUGUCUCAGGCUGCUACGGACCUGAAGAAUUUCUGCCUGCAGAAUGCCCAUAAGGACCCACUGCUGAUGGGGGUCCCAUCCAGUGACAACCCCUUCAGACCCCCGACCUCCUGCAGUUUGCUUUAGGAGGUGAUGAAGAUGUUGCAGGUGAUGUAGCCGUCUCGUUCUCUUAACUUCACACUACCCCUACUGAAACGUCCUGGAGCACUACAAUAAAAACAUUGCAAAAUGCAUUGUUUGGCAUUAAAACACUGUUUGUAUUGUUUCUUAAAGGCUUACUCACCUAAAAACAGAGCUGUUUGUGUUACUCUUUAUUUUGUGUAAACUGUUACAC